AUGCAGCAGUGCAGCAGUGGGGGGCCGGUGCAGUCGCCAAGCUACUCCUCCUUUUACGUGCAGUUGCGCAGGGCGUACGCCCCGGUGGAGUCGCAGCGGCGCCCGGAGGUGGUGAGGGUCCCACCGUCCGCGGAAAUGACGAUAUCGUCGCCCUCAUUAUGUGCCCCCUCCGCGGAGGGGCGCAACGGCGCGGGUGCAAUCGCGGAAAUCGAAAGGAAGCUGGCGGCUAUCAGGAGGCAAAAUGACACACUGCAGUAUCGCUACAAUGGUGACCAACACGUUGAGGAGCAACGCUGUCGGCAAGGCGGCGGGGGAGGAGAGCCACAACAACAGCAGCAGCAGCGGCAGGGCGCAUCUUCUGCCGGUCCUCUAGUACACUCGGGCCAGGGGGAUGACCCCGGAAAAAGGUUAGGCGUCACAGUGGAGCGUGAGGACGUGGACUUGGUAUCUCCUGUGCUUUCGUCCCCGUCUUCACGCUCCUCAAAUGAAAACCUUUUGCCUACAAACCAGCCAUCGCUGUCUCUGCCGUCUGCAGUUCCAGAGACGAAGGAGACGGAUGACGAUGAGAGGUUGACCCCACAGGAGAUGGCCUCUCUGCGUGUCAUCGAGCUUGCCGUCCCUGCUGCCGUGUAUGCGCAGCUGGAACCCGGGGCCAGUCUUGUGGAGGUGUGCGCGCAGGCGACAGUGAAACUGUUUCCCUCCCAUUUGGUCCUCCUUCGACCGGAUGGUGUCGCAGCUGUUGAGUUGGUUAUCGGAGAGCUCUACGAGCUGAACGAGGACGAGAGCGCGUGUGCACUUGACUGCAUUGUGCAGGCGAGGGGCACGACGCGUCAGCAACUUAUUCGGCUUACUUGUGCAGACGCGAUUGCGCGCGGUGCACUUUUCAAACUCUUAUGUGCGAGGCGAACUCAGUUGGAGGAGGGCCCUGAGCGGCCGGAGGAGAAAACUUGUGGGACUGUUAGCAGAAGCUGA